AUGAGGCAGCGUCGCUGGAUGGAGACGUUGAAGGACUUCAAGUUUGAUGUCUCGUAUCACCCUGGUAAAGAAAAUUUGGUGGCGGACGCCUUGAGCCGCAAAAGGGCGCUCGAGUUUGUGGCCCCAUUGAUGGUGAGAGAAUGGGACAUGAUGGAGUUUGUGCGAGACUUCAACAUGAAAUUAAUCGUAGAGGAACCAUUUGAGAUCAUAGCUCACAUUCAGGCCCAACCAAUGAUUAACAGUAAAAUCAUUGAAGCCCAGAAGGGCGAUGAGUUACUGGAAAAGAUGAGAGAAAGUGCAAGGGGUGAUGUGGAGUCUGAGUGGAGGAUCAGUACUGAUGGGGGAUUGCGGUACCGUGGCCGCCUUUGCGUCCCAAAUCUUCAAGGACUACGAGAAGAGGUCCUAAAUGCCGCUCACAACUCCAAGUUGGUGAUGCAUCCUGGUAGUACUAAGAUGUACCGGGAUCUGAGGUGA